GGCUCAGCAGACGUUUAGUGAGAGACUUUUAGUCAGAUCGUACUAGCAGCAGCGAGGUGUCGCUCUCGUGAAAAUUCCCCGGGACAUUCCCAAGAGUCCUUGGAGACAUCACGCCUCCGUGCCCUGACGAUCACCUGGUUUCGCCGAGAAGGGUCCUCCAGGGCUAUGAUCCAAGCCCUCGAAAUACAUCGUUCACCUCAAUGGUCUACGGGAUUCCAAGACAGACCAGCCGGGAUAUUCCCAACGAUCUUCAAAACGAUUCGAACGGCGGUACCUCCAGCGGAGAGUCACAGGGAGUUUCGUAUCACAAGAAAAGUCAGCAGGUGUCUACUUCGGUUCGACAAGCCGCCGGUGUUGACCUCGACGGGAAAACUUCGGCAAAGUCCUGGACGGAAAGACUUCAAACGGCCUUGGGAUUGCGAGACAAGGAAAUACCCCCGGAAACCCAAAGACGGAUUCGAGCUAAUAAUCCUGACUUCAAUGCCCAAUUCAACUAUGCGAACAACUAUAUCAAAACUUCGAAGUAUACAGUGUUGACGUUUGUCCCGAGAAAUCUUUUCGAACAGUUCCAGAGACUUGCCAACUUCUACUUUUUGUGCCUCCUCGUCCUGCAGCUCAUCCCGCAGAUAUCCUCAUUAACUCCAGUAACCACCGCCGUGCCGCUUAUCGUCGUAUUGACAUUGACGGCGGCCAAAGAUGCAGUGGACGAUAUUCAGCGGCAUCGGAGUGAUAAUUCGGUUAACAACCGACUUUCAAAGGUUCUCCGAGGAAGCACGGUGGUGGAAGAGCGGUGGCAUAAGGUACAAGUGGGCGACCUGAUCUUCAUGGAAAACGACCAAUUCGUUGCCGCCGACCUAUUGCUACUUUCAUCCUCAGAACCAAAUGGCUUGUGCUAUAUAGAAACCGCUGAGUUAGAUGGAGAGACGAACCUUAAAUGCCGGCAAGCGAUUCCCGACACCGCCGAGAUGGGCAACGACACGCAGCUCCUAUCGAAAUUCAAUGGCGAGAUCGUGUGCGAAUUGCCCAACAAUAACCUGAACAAGUUCGAAGGAACCCUCAAUUGGAAAAAUCAAACUCAUCCUAUCGACAACGACAAGAUCCUCUUGCGAGGAUGUGUGCUCAGGAACACUCAUUGGUGCUACGGGAUGGUGAUUUUUGCCGGACGCGAUACUAAGCUAAUGCAGAACAGCGGCAAAACAAUCUUCAAGCGAACUUCGCUCGACAGACUCCUGAAUGUCCUUAUAUUGGGAAUUGUGUUUUUCCUCUUUAGUAUCUGUACCUUCUGUUCCGUCGCAUGCUCCGUAUGGGAAACAGUAACAGGACAAUACUUCCGUGAUUUCUUGCCGUGGGACGCCUCGAUCAUUACGACCGAUAAUCCGGCAGGGGGAGCAGCUCUUAUAUCGCUGCUCGUUUUUUUCUCCUAUACUAUUGUGCUCAAUACUGUUGUACCCAUAUCGCUAUAUGUCAGUGUUGAAGUCAUCCGCUUCUGGCAUUCCUUAUGGAUCAACUGGGACGAGAAAAUGUACUACGCGCCGAAAGACCAGGCUGCCAGAGCUCGAACGACAACGUUGAACGAAGAGCUAGGCCAAAUCGAGUAUAUUUUCAGUGAUAAGACCGGGACAUUAACGCAAAACAUAAUGACAUUCAACAAAGCCUCCAUCGAUGGCAAACUCUAUGGAGAAGUUUUGGACAGCAAGACCGGUGAACCGAUUGAAGUUACGGAGGAUAUGGUUCCCGUGGAUUUCAGUGCAAAUGUUGACUACGAGCCAAAGUUCAGAUUUUACGACAAAACUCUGUUACAAGACGUUAAGAGUGGGGAGCCACACGUUGAGAACUAUUUCCGUCUUCUGGCACUGUGCCAUACUGUGAUGUCUGAGAUCAAAGACGGCGUUCUCGAAUAUCAGGCGCAAUCGCCUGACGAAGAAGCAUUGACCUCAGCAGCCAGAAACUUCGGUUUCGUUUUCAAAAACCGAACGCCAAAAAGCAUAACGAUCAGCGUUUGGGGCAAAGAAGAAGUCUAUGAAUUGUUAGCUAUUCUCGAUUUUAACAACGUUAGAAAACGAAUGUCGGUUAUUGUGAGGAGUCCCGACGGGCGACUGAAGCUCUACUGCAAAGGAGCGGAUUCCGUUGUUUUCGAGCGACUUUCGGAAGCGUGCAAGGAUCUUCAAGAGCAGACCAUGGAACAUCUAAACAAAUUCGCGGGAGAAGGAUUGCGGACCCUCUGUCUGGCCUACAAAGAUAUCGACGAAUCAUAUUUCGAACAGUGGUCGGACAAGCACCACAAGGCCUCGAUCACUUUGGACAACAGAGAAGAAGCUGUCGACGCUGUGAAUGAAGAAAUUGAACGCGAUCUCAUACUCAUAGGCGCAACAGCGAUCGAAGACAAACUCCAGGACGGGGUGCCGCAAGCAAUCGCGAAUUUAGCGGCUGCCGGGAUCAAAUUAUGGGUUCUGACGGGAGACAAACAAGAGACAGCAAUAAAUAUCGGAUACUCAUGCCAGUUGUUGACGGACGAGAUGGUCGAUAUAUUUAUCGUGGACGGCUCCGAAAAAGAUGAGGUGUGGAAGCAACUACGCACUUUCCGGGAAAACAUAGCAUCGGUCGUUUCACAAAGCGCUGCGGGGGGAGACUUAUCGAUCGUUAGGUUCCACGAUGACGAUGGAACUGGCGGGGGGGAAUGGGAUUUCUCUGAUUCCUUCGGAGGAUUUGCACUCAUAGUGAACGGCCAUUCAUUGGUUCACGCGCUGGAUCAAGAUCUCGAACUCCUGUUCCUCGAAGUCGCAUCGAGGUGCAAGGCCGUCGUGUGCUGUCGGGUCACACCGUUACAAAAAGCCCUAGUCGUGGAUCUUGUGAAAAAACACAAGAAAGCGGUCACAUUGGCCAUUGGGGACGGCGCGAACGAUGUUUCCAUGAUAAAGAUGGCCCAUAUAGGUGUGGGAAUUUCAGGGCAAGAGGGUAUGCAGGCUGUGUUAGCCUCGGAUUUCUCAAUCGCGCAGUUUCGUUUCCUCGAAAGAUUACUCCUCGUCCACGGACGUUGGUCUUACCUACGAAUGUGCAGAUUUCUUCGAUAUUUUUUCUACAAAAAUUUUGCAUUCACUCUCUGCCAUUUCUGGUUUGCCUUCUUCUGUGGGUUUUCCGCGCAGACCCUGUACGAUCCCGUUUUCAUAUCGUUUUAUAACGUGUUUUAUACAUCACUACCUGUAUUGGCUCUUGGAGUAUUCGACCAAGACGUCAAUGACUACCACUCAAUACGAUAUCCGAAACUUUAUACACCCGGGCACUUGAACCUGUUGUUCAAUAAGGUGGAAUUUCUGAAGAGCGUGGCUCACGGAGUCGUCACAUCAUUUGUACUAUUCUUCAUACCAUACGGAGCUUUUAACAACAGCAUCGCCGAGAACGGCGAGAACCUCGAUGGCCACCAAUUAUUUGGAACCGUCGUCUCGACGAUCUUGGUGAUCAUUGUCAACUGCCAGAUCGCCAUCGACACAACGUAUUGGACGUUGUUCAACCACAUCUGCAUUUGGGGAUCUGUAGCGUUCUAUUUUGCUAUGACCCUACUGAUAAACUCCGACUUUAUAGGUAACGCGUAUAUGGCAUCUCUUCGCGUAACACUGCGCACGCCACAGUUCUGGUUUGUGGCUGCGCUCACAGUCACCAUUCUGAUGCUGCCUGUUGUUGCAUUCCGGUUCUUCUACGUGGACGUCUUUCCCACGCUCAGUGAUCGAGUGCGUCUCAAACAGCGUCUCCAGAGAAUCAAAUCACGACCCUCGGAGCCUCACAUGACGACCGCACGGAGCCUCCGUCGAUCACGACGUUCUAUAAGGUCGGGGUACGCAUUCGCACAUCAAGAGGGCUUCGGACGCCUUAUAAUGAGUGGCAAAAUUAUGAAGAAAAGUGCGACAUCGGCUCAUAUGCACCAUCACAUUUCUACACAUCUGCCGAAUCAGACAGCUGAAUAGAAAAAGUGAAAGUCUGAAAAUUGGUCCUGCCAAUUUUUGUAUUGUGUCAGAUGUCGUCGUCAAAUGUGAGGGUUCCUUGGAGCUCCCGACGAAAGGAAAAUAACACUUGUGGUACUCGAGAAGCACAA